ACACAUUUUAAGCGCCACUUGACUUGAAUCUCUGGUCCCGACCACCAUUUCAGCGUCCUACUUUAUUCGAUUAAUAUUCGAUCAAAGGCUGCUAUACGUUUCUCCCCAAAUAACAGCUAUGGCAAUUUCGACUUCAAUUUCCUUCUAUUUGGUGGCGACGGUUUGCUGUCUCAUUGUGAAUGCAGCCGGAGCCAAUCUCUGGCCACUUCCUUCCGCUGCCAAUCGCCAAUUCAAUAACCCAUCAAUGUACAUGUUGGUUCCACCGUACUUUAAUUAUUACCAACCCUACGGAGGUCAGUUUGUGGCGCCAACAGCUCAAGGUGAAAUCGAUCCAAAGAUUUCGCUAGACGAUCUGGUAUUGACCGGAAGACAAAAUUCGGAAACCAUUAGAAUAACCCCAGUAGAUACAGAAUGCAUUAAAACGGAUGUAAGAACCAAUGGCUACGCCGGUUGCACCAAGGGAUCGCGAGCCCCAUCAGGAACUAUUAUUGCGAGAUUCGGAGUAGCCGACCAAGUCGGUAUCGUAGCACUUGUGCCGGAUGCCAAACGAUUUUCCAAAUUGAAGAUAACAUGCGCCGAUGUCACAACUGCCAACGUUCACACGACUACAUCCACAAUAAGCGCUCCGGCAGAUACGCCAGUUACCGAGACUAAACAAACGCAAGUUGUUAUUGUUAGCACGGCGGGGGCGGCCUCUGUGACGUGCAGUUGGGAAGCUUCAGCAUAAUCACUUCGUGCAGCACGUCCGCGGGCGGGCUUUGUUACAAACGGAACAUCAGGAUCGGCUUGUAUACUAACAACACAUUCCAAGUAUGCAUCAACAAUUGAUGUCGAUGAAUCAUUUCAAAUUUGAUGUAUUUCUAUCAAUUACAAUAUGCAGUUCAGGCAUCUAAUAAAAUCAGAACUUUUUGUUGUUGA